AUGGAUUCAGCACCAGCUCAAGAGGUGACGGAGUUAUUAAAACAAUGGGAAGAACAACACACGACUCCCAAUUAUGAUCCCAUACCAACUUUGACAAGAAUAGCAGAAAUAAUAGAAGCGGAAACAGAAAAUUUUAUGAAAAAAGAUCCAGACCCAUUUGAUGAGAGACACCCAUCGAGGACUGAUCCUGAAUGUGCAUUGGGGCAUGCGCUAAAAGUUAUGUUUAAGAAAGAUAAUUUUAUGACUAAGCUUGUAAAUGAUUAUGUUCGUGACACAUAUUAUUCAAGGCAGAAUAUAACUGGACGGGAUGUACAUAAAUUGAAUGUGGCUGCGUGCAGAUUGACCCUAGAUCUGAUGCCUGGACUGGAAAUGAGUGUUGUAUUUCAGGAUAAUGAAGCACUCAUCCACCGUCUAGUGAACUGGGCAACGAAUUCACCGGAACCCUUGCAGUGCUAUGCGACUGGUCUGCUGGCUGCUGCUAUGGAGGUGCAGGAGAUUGCAACUAACUUUAGGGAACUAAACGCCAUGUUGAUACCGCUUAUGCUCAAGAGGCUACAUGAAUUAAGAAAUAAGAGUGUUGAAGACAAACCAAAUCAAAAUCUAGUGACGCCGCCGAAUCAGACGAGACAUUUCGCGAGAUUUGAUAAGAAGAGGAACAAUGAUGUUAAAAGUAAUGGUCCUACGCCGGAUAAAAGAGAUCGCGACAAAGACGAAGGCGGGGGCGGUGACAUGUUGGUUGACGAAUCACCGCCUAUCAUGAAAGAUCCAGAAACACCUGUUAAAAAUUAUAGUUCGGCGGCGUCGCCCGAGCGCGCGGGGCUGAUGUCGCCGCCGGCACGCCGGCCGCCGCCCGCGCCGCUCCCGCACGAGACCUCCUCCAACUCCAGCUGGGCGGAGAUGGAGACUUACGUUAUCGGCAACAUACAAAUCCACCCACCGACGGACGCCACCAAGCAAAUGUUGAUACUUAGAUAUUUGACGCCUAUGGGGGAGUAUCAAGAGUUUCUAUCGCACGUAUUCGAGAAGAACGCCCUAGGGCUUAUCCUAGGGUACCUGAACGUGCGCGAGUCACGUGACUCGAGGCUCGCCUUCGAAGCUCUCAAAUAUCUGGCCGCUUUGCUCUGCCAUAAGAAGUUCUCUAUCGACUUUAUCAAUAUGGGUGGAUUGCAGAAGUUUCUAGAAGUUCCGCGACCAUCGGUGGCGGCCACCGGCGUGUCCAUAUGUCUGUACUACCUCGCUUACUGUGAAGAUGCCAUGGAGAGAGUGUGUCUCAUGCCCAGACACACUCUCGCCGAUCUUGUCAAAUACGCGUUGUGGCUGUUAGAGUGUUCCCACGAUUCUGGUCGCUGUCACGCGACCAUGUUUUUUGGUCUUUCUUUUCAAUUCCGUGUCAUAUUGGAGGAGUUUGAUAAUCAGGAUGGUCUGAGAAAACUGUACAACGUGAUAUCCACUCUCCCGAUCCUCGGUUCUGAUGAGGAGGAGUCCAGGGUGUCUGACGACGAGACCUGCGCCGCCAGACAGAUAGUGCGGCAUGUCUGUGUCGCGCUCAGACGAUAUUUCGAAGCCCAUCUGAGGAUACGAGCGGCUCAAGUAGCUCGGCAACAGGGUGACAACAUGCCAGAACCACCACCUUAUAAAGCGUCAAAAUCAUCAGCAGAAGAGAUACAAGAGCAAAUUGAAAUAGUUCAAGGAGCAGCGUGGGCAAGAUGGCCGCCGGUCGACGAGCUGCUGGAGCUGGGCGGAGUCGCCCUACUGCUGCAGGUGGUGGGGUACGCGUACGACUGGAAUUUCAACGGCAGAGCAGAAACGGUCCGCUCAGCGUUAGACGUGGUGUCGGUGUGCUGCGUCGCGCCUCGAGUGCAGCUGCUUCUCACCGAGAUGAUAUACACCCGCGACGCUGACCACACCACCGGCGUCCAUAUUGUUCUAGGUGCCGCAGAUGGCGAUAUAGUCCCAGAGCCGGAGGUGCAAAAGGCGGCCCUUAACGUUCUAGUUAACUGCGUUUGCGCACCUGUACACAGGGCGGGAACGUCUACAUCGCGUUUUUCAUUAACUGGAUCUACUAAAAAGAAGACCACAGUAAAAUCGUAUGAAGACGUCAUACAGAAGGUUUGGGAGAGUGUGCGGACUAACAAUGGUAUUAUGGUGCUGCUGUCGCUGAUGAUGGUGAAGUCGCCCAUCACGGACGCGGACCGGCUGCGCGGGCUGGCGUGCCGCGCGCUGGCGGGCCUGGCGCGCUGCCCCACCGUGCGCCAGAUCAUCUCCAAGCUGCCGCUCUUCACCACCUCGCAUCUGCAAGUUCUAAUGAGGGACCCAAUUUUACAAGAAAAAAGACAAGAACACGUUAUGUUUCAAAAGUACGCAUUGGAGUUGCUCGAACGCGUGUCCGGGAAGAGUAAGAGAAUGGGCGCCGAGUUCGAGACCUCCCUCGCGAAUAUACACAGGGCGAACGUGGUGGCGCAGACGCGCAUCACGUACAACGAGCGGCAGCUGCUGACGCUGGUGGCGGAGCACCUGCGCGCGCGCGGCUUCCGCGACGCCGCCGCCGCGCUGCGCCGCGACGCGCGCCUGCCCGCGCCCGCGCCCGCGCCGCCGCCGCCGCCCGUCUACACGCCCGCCACGCCCUCCAGGCCGCGUCUGUCCGUGUCGCGCACGAGCAGCUGCGGCUCGCUGCACCGCGAUAGCCUCGAGCACGCCCACACCGCGCACGACGACAGCCCCAUGCCGUCCAUCAUCAAACUUAGGAAGGUGCAGCCGGCGCACUCGCCGCAGCCGGCGGGCGCGGCGGGCGGGGAGCGGCGCUCGCUGCAGAAGCAGCUGAGCGCGGCGGGCGGCGAGCGCGCGGCGUCGCCCCCGCGCGUGUCGCUGCACUCCAUCAUCACCGAGUACCUCUACAACCAGCACGCGCUCUGCAAGAACCCGGUGGUCACGUGUCCACAGUUCAAUCUGUUCGAGCCGCACAAGUGCCCGGAGCCGGCGCCGCCCACGCUGGCGGCGCUGCAGGCGCGCGCCGAGCCCGCGUCGCUGCUGGCGCGCGUGGUGCGCCGCGAGCUGGGCGGGGGCGCGCCGCGCCGCGCGCACGCGCGCCUCGCGCACUCGCACUUCGCGCACGUGCGCACGCUGCGCCUGCAGGACGACGACGCCUACUUCACCCACACUAUAUUUCACCCGACUCAACAACAAUUAUUGACAGCAACUUCAUCAGGUGACAUCAGAAUAUUCAAUCUCUUCACCGGAAUAGAAGAAAGCUCGUACCAAGUGCAUGAAUCUUAUAUAUAUCAUAUGCAGGCAAGCAGAGACGGGCUGUUGUUGCUAGCAUCGUCUACUACGUCAUGGCGGACGACCUCGGCCUUAUGGAACAUGAAGGAGUUUGAACAACUGUUCCAGCUAGAUAACGAAGAGUACGUGGAGUUCUCAAAGAUGUCGGACGAGCGUAUAAUAGGCACUAAGGGUGAGACGGCGAGCGUGUUCGACACCCGCACGGGCGCGGAGCUGCUCACCCUCACCCCCGCCAUCAGCAACCAGUACGCGAAGAACCGUGCCACGUUCAACCCUACAGAUGAGCUGGUGCUGUCGGAUGGCGUGCUCUGGGACGUGAAUACGGGGAAAGAAAUACAUAAGUUUGACAAACUGAAUCAGACGCAUAGCGGCGUGUUCCAUCCCAAUGGGCUUGAGGUGAUUUCGAAUACAGAAGUGUGGGACCUGAGGACGUUCCACUUGCUUCGGACAGUGCCUUCGUUAGAUAAGUCAGAGGUAAUUUUCAACCCAACUUGUAGUGCUAUAUACGCGGUGUGCUCGGACCAAGACUCAGAAGAAAGAAGCCAGUUCGAUACCAGCUUCAAGACUCUCGACCCCUACGACUACUCGAGUAUAGCGACGAUCGACGUGAAGCGCAACAUCUACUCGCUGGGCGUGUCGCGCUUCGGCACGCAGAUCUCGCUGGUGGAGAACAUGGGCGACUACGACCAGGUGCAGGAAUCCUGCGUCAAGCUCUACGACGUCGGCCGCAAGCGCGACCACGACGAUGACGCGGAAGAAGAAGAAGAAGAAGACUUGGCGGGCGGGUCCGAGAACGACGACGGGUCCGACUCCGGCUCUGACAAUGAUGACGAUUUAGCAUCGAGCCUCCUGCGCAACGCGGUGCUGGGGCUGGCCGACGGCUCGGCCUCCGCCUCGGGCUCCGCGUCGGGCUCCGCCUCCGCCUCGGCGUCGGGCGACGAGCGCGAGCGGCCGCGGCGCGCGCGCCGGCGCCCCGUGCGCACGCGCAGGCGGGCGGCAGAGAACCACAGCAGCGACAGCGACGCUGACAUCGACUUCGGCAACAUCAUCGAGUUCGAAAUAGAC